AUGGAUUCAAAGCGUAGAGAAAUUAUUAGUAAAAAGAUAAUUCAAAAUAGUAAAGGGAAACUUAGUAAAUAUUCUUUGAGUGUAAAAGGUGGGCAGCGGUUGAUCCAAGAACUAUUUAUUCCAGAGCCGUCUCUACAAGAAUCGAAAAUAA